AUGACGGCCUCACAUCUACCCGAAUUCGCCAUGUCGACCGGGAAAGUCCUAGACGCCCUGCAAGCGCUGCGAAAGAGCUCGACCGUGGACGAAGCCGCGAAAUUCUGGUCAAAGAUCCUGGAGAUGUUUUUCCCGGUCACCCAGGGCUUUGAGACGACGACAUUUUAUAGUACGUCUGACCGGGUUAUGCUCACACUCCGCCGCGUGGUGGAUACGGAUGGAGAUACUAUUUUCGAUGACGGCGAGAUCACAGCAAUUCUCGUUGUUGACUGCCGUACGCCGCCAGAAUCCGAGGCUCAAUCACAGGAAGCCUCGCCGGAGAAGAACGAGGCCCUGGAUGGUGGCAAUGAUGAUAGUGAUAGGGAUCGCAGGAAACCCACAGAAACCACAGAAACAGAACCCUACGAGGAGAGACUGGUCUCGGAAUUUGGGGUCAUCUCCAAGGGACUGCAGGCAGAUCUGGUCCGCGACAUCGAAGUCUCCUGCACAUCUGCGUCUCAACUGUCAAUUAUCCAGCUGCUGCAGGGCUCGGAGAUGGGCAGCGUGAAUCUUGCCAAAGCGUCGGGCCGGGACAAGACCGAACAAUGGCUGCGCGCCAUGGCGAAUUGA